ACUUGUUUGCUGUCAUAACAACAGGCUACCGGAGAAGCGUCUGCCGACCUGCGGAGAAUCGAGCCCGAGAGCCAGAAAGCCGGCGAAAUAUUUCGCAGAGCGCGAGCGACGAGGUAUAAAAUAUCACGGCUCCAUCAGAAUGGAUUUAGAUUGAAGCGAACCCUCAAAGCGCGCAGAACUCUGAGACAGAAACGUUAAGAACUCAGAAAACAAAAAACAGAAGAAUUCCAAGAGAAGAUUCGUAAAACCAGAAGAAUCAGUGACAACAAAAUAAGUGCAGCAAGUAAACAGAACUGAACAGAAAUGUUGAUCAACAAAUUCGCCCACCUGCUGGGACUGGGAAUGAUCUGGUUGCUCGUCUGGCAGCCCACGCCCACGGCCGGCUAUGCCCUGGGACACGCGAAGUUCGGGCGCAUCGAGAAGUUCCCCUACCAGGUGAUGCUCAUCGGCAAGCAGCUGUGGCGCAAACGCAUCCUGUGCGGCGGCACGCUGCUGGAUCGCCGCUGGAUCCUCACCGCCGGCCACUGCACCAUGGGAGUGACCCACUACGAUGUGUAUCUGGGCACCAAGAGCGUCCAGGACACGGAGCAGUCGGGCGGACUGGUGCUGCGCUCCAACAAGUUCAUUGUGCACGAGCGUUUCAACCCGGAGACGGCGGCCAAUGAUAUUGCCCUGGUGAAACUGCCCCAGGAUGUGGGAUUCACCUCGCGCAUCCAGCCUGCCUCGCUGCCCAGCAGAUACAGGCAUGACCAGUUCGCCGGGGUGAGCGUGGUGGCCACCGGCUGGGGCGCCAUGGUGGAGAUGACCAACUCGGACUCGAUGCAGUACACCGAGCUGCAGGUCAUUUCGAAUGCGGAGUGUGCCCAGGAGUACGACGUGGUCACGCCGGGCGUGAUCUGUGCCAAGGGCCUGAAGGAUGAGACCGUGUGCACCGGCGACUCGGGUGGCCCCCUGGUCCUCAAGGACACCCAGAUGGUGGUGGGCAUUACCAGCUUCGGACCCGCCGACGGUUGCGAAACCAAUAUUCCCGGCGGCUUCACCCGGGUCACCCACUACCUCGACUGGAUCGAGACCAAGAUUGGUGGCCACAACGCCCCCCACCAGCAGUACCAGCGACCUCAGCAGCAUCAGCACCAGCAACACCAUCCCCAUCAGUACAGUGAUAACAAUCUCAUUUAGGAGGGGCCUCCUCAUAGCAGCCCUUCGCACCACUGACUGAAUCUUGAUAGCUUUAUGUGUAAAGGAAACUCUCCCAAUCUUGUGAUAUACCCCUCAUGGAAAUCUGUACAUUGUUCUUAGCUUUAACUAUUUAAACGUAUAUAUUUAUUUUAGUUGUAAGAGUGACGGCGGCCACAGAAAGAGAAGAUACAAAUCGAGUCGCAAACAAAAAGAAAGCAAAAUAUAAAGAAAUUGUAUGUGAAAAAAUAAAAAACGAAAAUAACAAUAAUAGCUUGAAAAAAA